AUGAUCAAAGCCAAAAAGAAAACAAAACAAAGACCACGUGCCCGGUCCAUCAACAUUAAAGGCGCUACCUGCGGCUUCGAUGCCCUGCUCCUCGUUGUCGUCACGUCUAUUGCCGGUUUCCUCUUUGGUUACGAUAUCGGGCAAAUCUCUGGCAUCUUGCUCUUUCAAAACUUCAACUACAACUUUUUGCUAGAUGGGUCCCUGGCAAUGUCUCUGAUCGUUUCUUUGAUGAGUGUCGGUUGUCUUGUGGGCUCUCUACUGGGUGCAUAUUCUGCGGAUUGGCUCGGCCGACGAAAAAGCAUUGCUCUCGGUGUACUCUUCUUCAUUGCAGGAGAUGUUGUUCAAAUCACUGCAGUGGACAGCUGGAUUCACGUCAGUUCGGGCAGGUUUAUCGCGGGCCUUGGUAUCGGCAAUCUUUCUGUUGGAGUUCCCAUGUUCCAAUCAGAGUGCGUUCCUCGCGAGAUUCGCGGAGCAGUUGUCACCUCCUAUCAACUACUCAUUACAAUUGGCAUACUGGUCGGCAACUUGGUAUGCUUCUUGAUGAGGACCCAUGAGGGUCAAGGGUUUGCAUGGCGUCUCGUCAUUAGUAUGGGUGCCGUCUUUUCGCUACCCCUUGGACUCGGCAUUCUCAUUGAAGGUGCCCGCCGAUCGCUGUCGCGGCUAAGGGGCAAGGCCCAUGAUCCUGCGAACGUCAUUGUUGAGAACGACAUGCAUGAAAUGCGAGAGGUUUUGGCGUUGGAACGCCAGAGCGGUACUGCGUCGUGGCGUGAGUGCUUCGCAUGGAGAGCCAAAGUCCCAAAGACUCUGUAUCGUACCUUGUUAGGCAUGGGCAUUCAUUUUUUGCAACAAUGGACGGGCAUUAAUUACUUCUUCUACUAUGGCCCAUCAAUCUUUAAGUCUGCCGGAAUCAAUGACCCUUUCAUGACCCAGCUGGUUCUUGGCGCCGUCAACGUUUGUACGACAUUUCUUGCCGUCUUGAUGGUCGAUUGGUGGGGCCGCCGACGCCCCCUUGUUUUGGGUGCAUUGUGGCAGGCCGCUUGUCUGUUGGUCUUUGCUUCCUGGGGUACUGUUUUGAAAGCCAACGAAGGUUUACCCGGACCGGGAAUCUUCAUGAUGAUAUCUGCUUGCAUGUUCAUUGCGUCUUUUGCAGCAACUUGGGGUCCCAUUGCUUGGCUGGUCAUGGGUGAAACGUUUGCCCUUCGGACACGCGCAAAACAAGCCUCGUUGACCACGGCCUCCAACUGGCUCGGUAACUUCAUGAUUGGGCUGCUCACUCCACCCGCUUCCAUGGGCCUAGAGUACAGGUUUGGAUUUGUUCUAGCCAGCGCCAACCUCAUCGCCGGAGCUCUGGUCUACUUCUUCCUGUACGAGUCGACGCUACUAAGCUUAGAAAGCGUGGAUAUCAUGUACAGCAUCCACGGUCUCUAUCCAUGGGAGAGCCGCAGUUGGGUUCCACCUGGAUACGUCACGCGCCGGGAACGAGACGAGGAGCAUUUCCGAAGAAUGAGCAUUUCUGCGGCAACUAAUAUUUCCAACGUCACUCAGGAAAUGGUGGACAUGGUGAACAACGACGUCGUUGCGAAGCCCAAAGCAGUCGACGUUUAA